UCCACGCGCGGGGGUCGUUGGGCAUCGAGGGUCCUCGUCAGGCCGGAGCAUUAGAAGCAGUGAAGGCGCCGCUCGGGCUCCAUGAUGCUCUGCUAGCAGACACUCCCCCAUUUUGGCUCACUAUCGCUCCGUCAGGCGACAGGAGGACGGCGGUCGAAACCGGGACAGCUCCGCUCCGGUGGAGAGGUUACCUGCUAGAGGAGAUCACAGAAGACAAAACAGAAUAUCCUUCAAUCCUCGACAGAACAUGGGGGCCGUCAUCUCCCGGUGGAGGACUAAACCAUCCACUGUGGAGAUUUUGGAGGGAAUUGAUAAGGAUCUACAGACCCUCCAGGAAUACAGUGAGAAGUACCAGAGGCAGUUGAAGAUAUGGGUCGGGCGACUGCUUCUGUACUCUUCUCUUCUCUACCUCAUCACGUGUAUAGUUGUGUAUCUCUGGUUCCUGCCUGAACUGUUGAUGGGACAGCUCAUAUUGUCUCUUCCCUUUGUAGUAUUUCCCUUAUUAGUUUGGUUACUUAGAAAAAUGCUUAUCGAUUUUUCUCGAAGAACCGAAAACAACAAUGAAAAAUUAGAAGAUCUUAAAUCACGAAAAAGGAAAAUACUUGAAGAAGUCAUGGAAACGGAGACGUACAAAAAUGCUAAAAUUAUCCUUGAGCGAUUUGAUCCCGAUUCCAAAAGAACAAUUGAGCUUGACUCCACACCAGUUCGACCCCAGAUGACUCCAAAACCAGGCCAAGAGCUCCGCCAGCGCAAUGUCAUCCCGAAGACCCCCACGGUGGCGGUGAAUGCUGCGAGCGGAGCUGCUGCUCGCCCCCCUCUUAGCUCUGGGUCCACCUUUCCCGGACGGUCCUCCCACUCUGCUCCAGGUGGACCCCCAGAGAGGGGCCUGUCUGCUGUGGCUGCUCAGCAGAACUUGAUGAGGAGGCCUGUGACCCCGGGAACACCUGUUCCAGGAGUCGGGAUGCACCCCCCAGGCCCGCCGCUGGCCAGACCGGUGGUCCCAAGGGAAAGAGGCGCUAUGGACAGAGUCAUUGAGUAUCUUGUUGGAGAUGGCCCUCAGAACAGAUACGCUCUCAUCUGUCAGCAGUGUCUGUCCCAUAACGGCAUGGCAUUAAAGGAGGAAUUUGAAUAUGUUGCCUUCCGAUGCGCAUAUUGUUAUUUCUUGAACCCUGCAAGGAAGACCAGGCCUCAGGCCCCCAGACUGCCUGAGGUCGCUGGCGAGCUGAAGGUGUCAUCCGACGAGCCCUUACCUUCGUCUGCCGCCGAUGUAGAAGUUGACCAAUCGCUUUUAGGGCAAACCAAGCCAGCAGAUGUUUCAGCUGAAGCGGACACCCAGGAGCCCGGCACACCAACGUCCACAGAGCCCAGCUCGGCGUCAGACAACCAAAGCACCCCCGAGUCUCAAGAUCUGCCCUCGGAGAAAUCUGACGCAGAGCAAGAUGUGUCUGCCAUGGAAGUGGAAUAAAGCGAUGCCAGUCAGGCUGAAACGUUUAUUUUUAAGAAAUGUGAUUACCGUUGACUUGCAAGUAAACGCCGUGAGUUGAGUCGACCCAGUAAGAAGUUAGCAGGUGAUGUGAUUUUCAACUUACAGUCCAGAAUGUCCUUUUCUUUUGAGAAUUGUUUUUAUAGUCCUAGCAAUAGUAUCUUUCCUGUAUGAGAACAUGUCUUAUUCUCGACAGGAUUAUACUUCAUGUUGUGGAUUUAGAAUUUCUUUGUUUUCUUUACUUUCAAUAUUUUAUGUUUGUCUUGGACAGAACUUCUUAACAGUAUUCUAUAUGAGUUAAUUUGAUACUGCGGGGAAAAAUACUAUUUUGUGGGUAAAAUUUAUUUAUGGGAAAAUAUUUAUAAAUACUUUUCGAUAAUGCUUUGCCUCUCAUGGCGGCGUUGAAUGGGGUACUUUGUAGCACGGGGAUGCUGAUAUGUUUACACAACAAUGGUACCGCAAUACAAAUGCAACACAGUAUAUAUUUAUUGCUAAAUGGAGAUCUGUCAGUACUGUGCACUCGUCCCAAGUGCCUUUUCAAGUCUCUUUUAGAGCGCUGUUGAUACAACCUGUUUACACAAAGACGCUGUCAUUAAACUGUUUACAGACUGUAUCUGUUUUCUGUAUGUCGGAAUUCUUGUUCUGUAUGAAUAAUGCUAAAUAAACUUUUGAGAGCA